AUGGAUAAAUCAUGGAUCAAAGCAGAUAGGGAUUCGUUAGAAUAUGAAAUUGGGGUGGAGGAGUUUUUGGUAUAUGCAGAGGGGACUGCGAAAAACCCCAAGUUAAUUCCCUGUCCAUGUGCCCAUUGCGUUAAUUUUAAAAAACUGUCGGUAAACAUAAUUAGGGGUCAUCUGUAUGAAAAUGGUUUUAGUUUAGGCUAUGUUAAUUGGAUUUGGCAUGGUGAGAACUCUUCUAGGAGUUACAAGUCCUCUAUUGGUAGUACUUGUCCAGCCACGAACCCAUGCCCUGCAUCAGAGGCUACUGAGAUAUGUGAAGCAGCAUAUAAUAAGGGUGAUUACGAUAGAGAAUCACAUGAUUUCAGACGGUUCGUGGCUGAUGCUGAACAACCUUUGUUUGAGGGAAGUGAGUCAACUAAGUUAGAGUCAAUGUUGAAAAUGCAUAACUGGAAGGCUAGGUUCGGCGUUAGUGAUAGUGCCUUUACAGAACUAUUAAGUACAAUUGGCUCUUUCCUUCCUAAAGAUCAUGUUCUGCCUAGUAGUACAUAUGAAGCGAAAAAGACUCUCUCCGACUUAGGACUCGAAUUUAAGAGAAUGUUUAGAUCUGAAUCUACUUCAGAGCUUCUGACUUGGCAUGCAAAAAGGCGAUCUGAAGAUGGCCUCAUGCGUCAUCCAGCAGAUUCUCCUUUUUGGAGAAAUGUAGAUUAUAGGUGGCCUGAGUUUGGUAGCGAGGCAAGAAAUUUACGCUUGGCAUUAGCUGCGGAUGGUAUAAACCCUCAUAAUAAUGGUCUGAACAAUAGGUAUAGUUGUUGGCUGCUUGUUCUAACAACAUAUAACCUUCCUCCAUGGUUAUGCAUGAAGCGAAAGUUUUUUAUGUUGACAAUAUUAGUAUCAGGCCCACACGAACCAGGUAAUAAUCUCGACGUUUAUUUACAACAACUAAUUGAUGAUUUGAAGAAGUUGUGGGAAGAAGGGGAACCAAAUGUAUAUGACGCAUAUACUAAAUCUGAAUUUACUUUAAAAGCAGUGCUGAUGUGGACAGUGAAUGAUUUCCCCGCAUAUGGAAAUUUGUCCGGCUGCAUCAAUAAGGGUUAUAUUGGUUGUCCAAUCUGUGGUGACCAAACUGCAGCUAAAUAUCUAAGUAACAGUCGAAAAAUGUGCUAUCAAGGUCAUCGUAGGUAUUUAGAUCGCCAUCACCCUUAUAGGAAGCAGAGGGUAGCUUUUAACGGGGAACAAGAGUUAGAGCAAGCUCCUGUGCCACUGACUGGAGAACAAGUGCUAGAGCAACAAAAAAAAAUUAAAUUUGAAUUUGGUCAGGUGAAGAAGAAGUCAAAGAAGGUUGACUGUGCAUGGAAAAAGAAAUCAGUUUUUUUUGAGUUAGAGUAUUGGAAGUUUCAUCAUGUGCGGCACUGUCUCGAUGUUAUGCACAUCGAGAAGAAUGUGUGUGAAAGUUUGCUAGGGACGAUACUAAAUCUGAAAUUUAAAACUAAAGAUAGUGUCGCUUCUCGUCUUGAUUUGCUUGAAAUAGGUUUAAGGACAGAUUUAGCUCCGCAAAUAGGUGAUAAAAAGACUUACCUACCCCCUGCAUCUUAUACUUUGUCAGAAGCACAAAAAAAAAACCAUGUUAGAUCAUUGGCAUUUAUGAAGCUUCCUUAUGGACAUGCGUCGAACAUAAAAAACUGUAUAAAAUUACCUGAAAUGAAGUUAUUUGGGUUGAAGUCCCAUGACUGCCAUAUUCUCCUACAACAGUUGCUUCCAGUAGCAAUUCGCUCGGUGCUUCCCAAGAAUGUUAGGGAUGAGGAAAAGGUUUCAGGGCCAUUAUCUUCCGUGACUAUGAAAACAGUGGAAGAAAAGGAAAGGGAUGAGGCGCAUUUGCAUGUUCUUUUUAAUAAUGCUGAAGUUGAGCCAUACAUAAAGAUGCAUAAAGAGCAAUUAAAAAAGAUGUAUGGGAACAAAAAGAGUGCUCAGUGGCUAAUGGGGGAGCACAAUCGGCUGUUUGCUGAUUGUACUGAAAUGAUGCAAAAUGCUCAAGGCGUUUCCGAAACAACAAGAUGGUUGGCAGGAAAACCGUCUUUCUCUGUUCUGUAUUAUGAAGGAUAUGUCGUUAAUGGGGUUAAAUACUUCACAAAGCAGCGAGAUGACGCAAGGGCUGUUCAAAACAGCGGUGUGUCCGUAGUUGCCAAGACAGUCCUAGUCUCGAGUGCUAAAGAUUUAAACCCAAUUGAGAGUGAAAUGACGUAUUAUGGUAUAAUCGAAGAAAUAUGGGAACUAGAUUACCAUGCAUUCAAAGCACCAUUAUUUUUGUGUAAAUGGGCAGCAAAUGACAGAGGUAUUAAAGUUGAUGAGCUCGGCUUUACACUAGUGGACUUCACUAGACCAGGCCACAAAAAGGAUAAAUUUAUCUCUGUAGACCAAGUGAGCGAAGUGUUUUAUAUUCAAGAUCCAAUCGAUACCAACUGGUCUGUGGUGCUUAAGUCGACGAAUCGAGACUACAAUGAAGUCUACCAUGAAGAUGGUCUGGGAGAUACUGUAUUAGAUGAACCCCCAUAUUGUUCCAAAAUCCCUGUGUGUGAUGUGUCUGAUGGUGAUGUUGGUAUUAGCAACCAAAGACUGAAUGUAGAAGGGAUUUGGUUACAUAAGUGA